AAGAGAACAGGCUUCAAAGCGCGGCGCCAUUCGCAGCUCUGAGGAGCUCGGUAGAGACUCUGAGUAUAGCGGCGGGGGAGCUACGUACGAAACGGCAGCGGAGCCUCUGAGGAGCGGCGGUGGAUGUGGUGGAGCCUCUUCUGAGGGGCGGCGGUGGAGCCUCUGAGACGGUCGGGUCAUGGUGCCGUCGCGCGGUGUCCGCGCGUCGCUCCGCCUGCCGUCCGUGCCGCCGGGACUGGUGCUGUUGGUGCUGGUACUCUCCACCAGUGACGGCCGAGUGGACAUUGCUGGAGUGCCGGUGCAGGUCGUGCGCGGCCUGAUCGGUGGUCAGGCCACCCUGCCGUGUCCGACUAUGGAGCAGAGGGGCGACACACUGGAGCUGGCACUGUGGUACCGACACGACUCCAGCUCACCGUUCUACACGUUCGACGCCCGCGGCCGUCCCAGCGAGCGGGGCCGGUACCUGACCGACGCGCCGUCGGAGGGGGGUCGUGUGCAGCUCUCCUCGUCGCCGUGGGGUCUGAGGGUGUCGGCGCUCCGGGAGCGGGACAGCGGCCUGUACGUGUGCCGCGCAGAGUUCAGCGCCAGCUCCACUCGCACCAGCGUCACCCGGCUGGAGGUCAUAGUGCCUCCCGGGGAGCCGGUGAUCUUUGACGACCGGCGGUGGGCGGUCGUUAACAGGACGGCGCCCGUUCCCGAGGGACAGCCACUCUUCCUCACGUGUGAGGUCUCCGGAGGCCAUCCGCCGCCGGAGCUGACGUGGACGCUGGACGGCCGCCGGCUGGAGGGCGGCCGUCGCUCCGUGUCCGGCUCCGGGGCGGUACAGGCCGAGCUGGCGCUGCCGGCCGUCCGGCGCCGCCAGCAGGGUGCCGAGCUGCGCUGUACGGCCGCCAACACCAACCUGACCGGCGCGCCGUGGACGGCCGUGCGCCUGGAGCUGCUGCUGGCGCCGCUGACCGUGCAGCUGACCGGGCUGCCGGCGGCUGCCAGCGCCGGCAGCACCCACCAGCCGAGCUGCCGGGCGGCGGGUGCCCGGCCGGCGGCGCACAUCAGCUGGACGCUGGACGGCGCGCCCGUCACCUCCGGCACCGUGCAGAAGGUCUCCUCUGACGGGAACGUGACGACCAGCUCCCUGACGCUGACGGUGCCCCGAACCAGCGAGCCGCUGCGACUCAGCUGCAGCGCGUGGAACCCGCAGCUGCCCCACAGCGAGCCCAUCUCUGACUCCAGGCAGCUGGCCGUCCACUGGCGGAAUGAUGAGGGGAGGGGAGGACCCUGCCCAGUGCCCGCCCACAGCCACGUCGCCCAAUUCGCCAGCGCCCAGCCGCCAGCAUGGAGCCACCGGCGAACAGCUGACCUCGGCGGUACGACCGGGUGGUGGUGCUCCGCUGUCCAGCUCGCCGCGCGGGCCAUCAGCCACUCCGCCGCUCCCCGCGACGACGCGCCGGUGGUCUCACUGCAGCUCGGCCGCAGUCUCGACCCAAACGUCAUCAAGGAGGGCAACGACGUCUACUUCGAGUGUGACGUCGAGGCUAACCCUUCUCCGGGGCACAUCAGCUGGUUCCAUCAGGAUCGCCGUCUCCAGCCGGGUCAGAGGGACGGCGGCGUCAUCGUGCACGAGCGCAGCCUGGUUCUGCCCAAUGUCUCCAUGGACCAGUCGGGGGAGUACAGCUGCGAGGCGACCAACGCGGAGGGCAGCGCCCGCAGCGCAUCCGUCCGACUGCGCGUGCUCUACGCGCCACGCUGCCAGCGUCCCAGUAGGCGGAUCUACUUCCUCCCUGGCCGUCAGGUGGAAAUCACCUGCCAGGUCACAGCCCAGCCUCUCAAGCUGCGCUUCAAGUGGUUCAUCAACCGCUCCACCGCCGCCAGAGAGACCAUAGAGCCGAGCAGGUACACCAGCUCGGGUGGCAGCAGCGUGCUCCGGUUCACCCUGGGGUCGCCAGAGUACGCGGUUAUCGGGUGCACCAGCAGCAACGCCGUCGGACUCCAGAGACGACCGUGUCUCUUCCAGAUGCUCCCAGCAAGCCUGCCGGAGCGGCUGCGUCAGUGUGAGGUGCACAACCAGACGGUCACAUCGUUCGAGAUCGGUUGUCAGAAGGGCUCCGACGGCGGACUUCAGCAGGUGUUCGCCCUGGUGGUCUGGCAGGAUCAGGACAGACAGCUGGUCCGGAACGUCAGCUCGAGCACGCCGUACUUCCGUGUGACGGAGCUGUCUGCCGGCACCAACUUCACUGCCGAGCUGUACGCCGUGAACGGCAAGGGCCGCGGUCGGAUCACCCGACUGCAGGUGCCCACACUGGAACUGACCGCGGACAGAGUCGCCUACAGCGUGGCUCCUGCGGCCGCCCCGGUGGCCGCUCUCCUCUCGGGCUCGAUACUGGCCACCCUUCUUCUACUUCUGCUGCUCGCUGGCGCGCUAGUCACCGUGAGGAGAAGAGCGGCCAGCGGCCGACGUCACGCUGCCGCCCCCGUCACCACGCCGCCCGACAAACCGACAGAGAGUCACCAGCACAUUACUGUUGGACCGGACAUCGUCCCGGCAGAUCGGGAGGUGACCGGCCGGCCACUGACCGCCUCUCUGGUCGGCUCCUGUCUGCCUGACACGGACGUGGCGUCUCCCUACUACAGGAAGCGAUUGCAGACGGCAAUCGACAGCGUCGAGCUGCCGCGCUCUCGGCUGGUGGCGGGGGCGGCCGAGCCGCCGGAGCCGCCGCCGCCGCCCACGCCGCCGCCCCCGCCCGUGCUGGUCGGAGAUCGGAUCACCUUUACACGCUGCAGCCACCGGCAGAGUUUUGUAUGACGCGCCGGUCGCUGAGAGGGGCGGGCUGUACCUGCCGGGGAGACGACCGGACCUCAGGUGAACUGGGACUGUUACAACGGGUGAAACGGACCAUGACUGUGUGUUAGAAGAGAGGUGGACCGCGGGUGUGUUGGGAACGGGACCGGACCAUGGGAAGGACCACGGACCGGACCACCGGACCAGACUACAGGUAUGCCAGUAACGGCUCCCAAAUGUUUGUCAGCGGACCGUUUGAAAGUAUGUGUAUGUUCUGUUAUGGGAUGGGGUGACGGUGGUCCGACCAGUCGCAGUAUGUGGUCGAGACGGUGAGGGUACGCCAUUGGCAAAGGCCACGUACCGGACGCGCGGACGCGCAGUGUAAGUGUGGUAUGCGUCAAACUACCGUUCUCGGAUCGUUGUGCCGGUUGGCAGCGAGGAGUGUCCAUCGCUGACCCGAUAAAAGACCCUGAACCGCCACUAGACUCGCCACUAAAAUGGCCUGCCGUCGCCGCCAAACGCUGCGGAAUGUUGGCUAGAUCCGCGUCGUUCUGCGUAGCGAGGCGUAUCAAACUUUCACUAAAUGCAAUACAUUGAUCCAGGUCGCUGUUACAGCGGUCCGGGUUGCUGGCUCAGACCAGGGCCGUAUGUACCCAGUCGGCCGACUCUGCCAGUGACGGAAAGGGGCCGAGCGAGUGGUGGGCGCUAACUAAAGCAGCUAUUCUUUAUCCGUGUUUAAUAACUGUGGCUAAUGGAAUGUUGAAUGUCAUGUGUCGUUUGAAACUGUUACCGUGAGCUAUGGAGGGGAUUAUGUCAUGUUAUUAUCAGUCACCUCAUCACUCACAUUUGAUCGGAAGGGUCCACAAGCUUUCCGAAUCUGAAUUAAAGUACGUAACUUCAUACUGCUGUUGCAAUUUCGCAAAAUACUCAUCAAAUAUGUUUUCUAUCAUUCUACGCAUGGUUGAAGUUACAAGAAUAAAUGUUGUUCAGAGA